GGUCAGUUGGAAAGGAAGUAUAUGAUUCACAAAGAAAGGGGAAGUUUUAACCAUUGUCGCCUAGUUAUCAACGCCGUUUUGGAAGAAGAACAUCUAUGAACGAAUUGUUUGUGAACUUUUUUUUAGGAUCUUGCUCUCAUCAUAGUCAAGAUUGAUAUCGGUACCAAAUAUCUUUACAUGGCUGGCAGGCCUCCGCCUAAGGGGCGUUCAAAAAGACGGCUGUAUUCCUGGCAAAUGCGAAUGAUGGAGUUAGAACUGGACUUCUUGGAUUUAGACCAACUGGACUUCAGUCUCGACCCUCAGGUUCCGUUUUAUCCUGUGGGUUUAGAAGAAUACAAGCUGGAUAAUAUCAAUCUGGCUAGCCCCGGGACGUAUUAUAAAGAUGUGCCUCCGGAACAUAACCCGGAGGCAAUUUUGGAUAUAUUGGUCCGGGCACAGCACAACAACAGCCACGGGGCGUCCCCAUGCAGCGACGGGUCAGUGCCUUGUGAGGAAGAGGUUGAAAAUUUAAAGAUCGACAACACUAUUGCCGAGUGUUUUGUGAGUGACAAAGCAGAUUCUGAGUCUAAGCAACGCCCUGUCCACAAAUCGGUAAAGGAAAAGGGAAUUGCAUCAGCGGCUCCAUUAAAAACAGAAACUAUCUCUCACACUACGCCAACUAAACAGAAAACAGCAACAACCCCUAAAGACAAGAAAUCACAAGGAUUCGGUGUACGUUUUUCUAACGCAGAAAAGCAAAGUAAUUCAACGGCAAAUAGAAAUAACUCAAAAAUCGAACAGAAUAGCAAUGCUACAGGCAAGCAGGUAGCAGACACUACGUUGCUUGCGGAACACUCUGCAACUGCAAAACCCAAAGGUACUUUGGGAACGUUGAAGAAGUUGCGAUCUCUCUUUCCGGAACGAAAAUCCGAAACAAAAGAACAAACGGAUACGAAUAAGGAAAAGAACCAAAAAUGGCAGCAGCACACGAAUAAAACAAAUGAAUUGAACGCAAUGGGCAACAAGAUCCAUUCAUUUUCUAAUGCUAAUGACGUCACGGCACCCCAACUCAAUGAACCGACAUGUUAUUAUAAUCCAUUAUCAGUUUUAACGUUACCACAUAAUAAUAAUCAAUCUAACCGUCACCCAAAGGGGGGUCGAAACGGGUUUCACGAAAACAGGCAUCUUUAUUCUACCAGCACCGAUGAAGAAUCCACGACUCUGUCCGCGGCUAACUCUGACACUUCAGAGAAUAGGACAUAUGGCAGUGUGUCUGACGUCACAGAUAUUACUGACGUCACGCCAAUGACAGCAUUGGUGUCCUCUCGGAAACAUAGCUUGCAGAGUGAAUCUUUUUUCCAACGUUCAAAAGAAACGCCCACUGCAUACGUUUUAGAGUCAGACGACGAAGUUUCAGAUACGUCAUCUGUUUUAAGUGACCUGUCACCUGGAUAUUCUACUGGACCUGAUGACGUCACAGAUAACAAAGAUGAACAGAAACUUACGGAGGGACAAAGUAGCAAAUACACGAAUCUCCUUUACUUUACUGCAAGAAAUGGGAACUCAAAAAGCUUAGGUUCACUACUAUCUUCGGAGGACGUGGACUGUUUACAUGACGUAGAUGGCAAUACAUUAGCCCAUUAUGCAGCGUCUGGCGGGAACACUGACUGCCUCCGUUAUUUAGUCGCCAGAUCAAACAAUGUGCUUAGCAUAUUAAACAAAAAUGGCUUGACUCCAAUCAUGCUGGCAAUACAGGACGGGAAACUGAGUUGUCUGGAGUGGUAUCUGAACUCUCAAUACAGCACUGAAGAAAAUAUUAAUUUAGUUCUUUAUGCGGCUGAUGUAGGUCAGGGCGACUGUCUGAGGGCAGUAUUGAGGAAGUUUCCAGCGAGUGUGUCCUACGCUGACAGUGAAGGUAACACGGCCUUGCAUGCUGCCGCAUCAAAGGGACAGAUGGCAUGUCUGCAGGCAUUGGUGGACCAUCGCGCUGAUGUGACAGCUCGUAAUCACGAUAAAGCGACCCCACUGGAUUGCGCCAGGCAAACCAACCAUGAAGAGUGCGUAGAAUACCUUCGACUUGUAGAAACCAACGCUGAACUACGCACUGAGGUCAACCAUCUGUCGCAAGAAGGGGUAAAGUUGAGGUCAGAGCUGGAGGCAAAGCAAGACCAAAAGCAGAUGGUGAUAUCCCAGAGAGACACCCUCCAAGCCGAGUUAAUGAAGGCCAAUGGUUUGAACACCAGGUGGCACACAGUAGCACAGCACGUGACCUCUCUCCUGAAGACACUGUCACAACAGCUGGAGGACAUUUUCAGCGAAAACUCCACCUUAAGAGAAAAGUUGAACGGAGGAGUGAAAAACAGUUUUAUUGAGGAGCAGGUGGAAGAUUCUCUGGAACGUAUAAUUAUGACGACAGAGGAAAUUGAAGAAUUACUAGAGGAAAACAAAGGAAAUCCGGCAGAGUCUAAUGGAGGAAAAACGACUCCGGAUAAACUGUCUUUAAGGCGGAAUGAGACUAAAAACCCAGCCAUUACAUCCAACGUCGCUGCUCCUCGUACAUCUGCAGCAAAGAGCAUGGAUGGUUCUAUGUAG